UGGUGUGCGGAAAGUACGCACCGGACGAGAAGGUCUGAAAAGAAAAGCGACGUUUGCUUCAAAUCUUGGCCAUCGCUUGGCACCGUAAGUAAAGUGAUAAGAGUUACGCGAUCAUAGCUGCUGUUAACAGACCCCUAGUGCACUCCAAUAAAGUGCCAUUUGUCGACGUGCUUCACUUCUCCCCCAUGCAAUCUCGCUUCCGAGUACAGAGUUUGCAAAUCUGUCGUUCUGGUCGGGUCAUCGGGGGGUAAAGUCCAUCGGCAAAGAACCUCGUACAGUAGUGAUUAUAUAGUUUUACACGUUUUUUCGACGUCAGCAAGCAACCAGCGAGAGACGGACCAGUGAAAAUUGUAGAAAGAAUCUGCUGGCCACGAGAUUCCGAGUGUGUGUCUGUGAGCGUGUGCGUGCGUGUGAGGUGCGUGUGCAAGAAGAAGUAGUGAGGAGGGAGCAGCAGCUGUCAUCCGCACGGAUUUGCACGUGUGCGCAAUUCGACGAGUGUGUGCACGUCGCGCUCGGUUUUGUCGGCGGAAAGGAGGACAUAGUCGAAAAAAGAAAACAACGACUGAGUUUGCAGGUGAUUUCCUUCGCCAUUACAUUGCAGAAGUUGCGGAAAAACAAUUCCAUUUCGGAAGCUGCGUAAUUUAACGUGCAUAAGAAGAAGACGAAAGAUCAGAGGAUCGUCAAGCCAUACUUAAAAGUCUGCUGCCAACUCACGAGACUGUGCUGUGUACUGUUUGCUGUUGUGUUUCCCCAGAAAAAAAAGGAUAUUCCGUCCUCCAAAUCAGCACUGCCUCCCAAAAACAAGGAAAGCUCAUAUACCACCUGUGAGCGAAAUCCGACAAGUUGUGUUCGCUAUUCAGGUGCCGCAAAUCUGGAGCUAAGUGUGGUUAGUUGUUUAAAGUCAAUAGCACGAGCUAGAAGAAGAACCAGCCGCACGGUAAGGAGCAAUCAUGGAGACCGAUCGAGGCGAUGUUGCCACGGUGGCGCCGGUUGCAAAACAGCACGAGGAGGAUAAUAACAAUAUCGACGUGGUAGCGGACACGGUUGCGAAGCUCAACAUUAACGGUACGUCCACAUCCAUCCCGAACGCUGCCAACGAAAACGACGCCGAGGAGCUGGAUGCGACGGAAAACAAGCUGAACAACAACGAGGCGCCGGCCGCGGAGGACUCGAAAACACUGGCAAGCAGUAACAAUAAUCUGGUUCCGGGCGUGGCGGGUCAGCAUUUAUCCAUUGGAAAGCGCAUACGGCGCACGUCGGAAAAGCUGAGCGAGGACGCGGUCGGUGGUGGUGGACCGAAUGCUCGCAAAAAGUACUCGCUUGAUUUGCUGCUAUCGCUCAAGGAUUCGGCCAUCGGGCGGGAAAAACCGACAGCGAUCCCGGACGUCUGCAAGUCGCUGUUAAAAUCCAGUCCGGGAACGUUCGUUUCGUCUGCUCGGCAUAUGGGAGGUGGUGGAGGCGGUGGUGGUGGUGGUCAAGAUAAUUCGCUUUUGCCCACCUUCAUGAAGAACAUGGGAUUCGGAGGUCCUCCGUCGUCGUCGGGCGAGGGCUCGGAUGGUUCCAGGCCCCCGAUGAGUCGCAAUCCGUACCGUGGGCGUCUUUCGGCGCGGGAAGCAUCGUCCCGCUCGAACGCGGGCGGUGGUGGACCAUCCGGGGACGAUGUCGACGGCAAGAUGAUCAAGGUGAACCUGAACAUCUCGGAGGAGGUGAAACUGAAGGGUUCGUCGAACGCCUGGAAGCCGAGUUUCUUGCAGAAGAACGACACGCUGACCGAGGAGGAGAAGAAAACACAGGAACUUUCGCGCCAGUUCCGUAGCGUGCUGAACAAGCUCACGCCGGAGAACUUCUCGGUGCUGGUGGAACAGGUGAAGAAAUUGGACAUCAACACGGAGGAGCGGCUGGACAACUGCAUCAAGAUUCUGUUCGAGAAGGCAAUCAUGGAGUUGAACUUUUCCGACACAUACGCACAGAUGUGCAAGGAGCUUGGGUUGAACAUCGAGGUGAAGCUCCCCGAGGAGAGCAAGGUGCUGAAUUUUAAGCGCAAGCUGAUCACGCAGUGUCAGCGUGAGUUUGAGAAGCAUCACUCGGACUGCAAACGAACCAGCACGCUGCAAGAGGAAAAUGAAAAGCUCACCGAGGCAUCCAAGCAGACUGCCGAGGAAACGGAAGAAAUGAAGCUCGAGCUUGAGGAGCAGAAAAACCGCAUCCGGCGGCGUGCACUCGGUACGAUCCGCUUCAUCGGUGAGCUGUACAAGCACAAACAGCUCACAGCCAAGGUGAUGUUGAGCUGUAUGAACAUCCUGCUGCAGGACGACAUGCUCGACGAGGAGUCGCUAGAGUGUCUCUGCAAACUGCUUACGACUAUUGGCGCACGCAUCGAGGAGGAGGUUCCCGGCAGUUUGGAGAACUGCUUCACCAAGCUGGCAUCGGUGGCGGCCCGCAAAACCCCCCUUCCCGACGGUCAGAUGGUGUGCAAUCGCAUCCGCUUCAUGAUCAUGGACCUGAUCGAUCUGCGCAAGGACAAGUGGCAUUCGAAGCGCGCCCAGGCGACGCCGAAAACUCGGGAACAGAUUCAGCGCGAAGUUGAAGCAGAGGAAAACAAGAACUGGGUGCUCAACUACAACCUAGGAGGACGAGGUGGUGGCGGUGGUGGUGGCGGCGGCGGUGGAAAUCGACAUGGCUAUAACCAGAAUGAGGGCGGCGGUGGUGGUGGUGGAGGCGGUGGCGGCCGUGGAGGAGGUGGUGGUGGCGGAGGAGGCGGUAGUGCCUCGAAGAACAAACGGUUCGUCGAUGACGACGGUUUCGUGCAGCCCGUUUCUUCAGGCCGCAAUCCCUGGACGAUGCCAUCGUUUGAUCCGAAGAAGAUAAACAUCUCGGUCCCAAAACCAGGAGAAGAAACCCGCCUCGGUUCAGCCUCGAUGUUCCAGGGUUGGGGCAAGACGAACGUCUUUGCUUCGCUCAACGCUGACGAGCAACAGGGAGCAGGAUCAUCUACGGCAGCACCCGCUCCAAGCUUCUUCGGCGCAUCAGGUCCGAUGGGCGAGGGUAACAGGGGUGGUGGUGGUGGCGGCGGCGGCGGUGGUGGUAAAGGACCAGGUUCGCACAAGAAAGGUGGUGGGAAUAAUUCCAAAAAACAACCCUACCAUGGUCGCAAUAGCAGCCACAUCUGAUAGUCCUGUUAAAGGCUGGGAACAUUCAGGAAGCAGCGGGCGCUGGCGACUGAUAGAGAGGAAAAUCUUCUGGUCGAUUGCUCGGGGGACGCAUAGGGUUGGUCCACCCGGAGAAAUAUUUGUGUAUGCUAAAGGCGCUGGCGCAACGAGGCAAAGAGAAAGAUAAUGUAACACGCAUUCAGGUUAAGCUUCCGUUACGCUCUUGCGGCCAUUAGCGGUGUUUUUUUUUCAGAUAUAUUUUCCCCAUUGUUUAAUUUUCCAACAUAGUCGAUUUGAUUCUCGGUAGAAAAAAUAGUUUUGGACAAACAAUAAGCAUCCAGUUCAAAAUU